CAUGGACAAAGCAUCCAAAACUACUGUCUCAGUGUCAUAGUACUUUGCAAUAUGAUAGCCGUAUUCAUCAUAGCUAUCCUGCCGUACCUGUGCCUUUGCGAACGCUGUAAGGAACCAGAUAUGUCCAAACUACGAGACUUGUCAUUGCCCGCUGUGCACGACAGUUUUUACCAGAUUCGACCCCUGCUCAGCACUGUGGUCGGGUUGUCGGACGUUCCUGCGCAAUAUGUCAACGUACAGAUCGCAAAGUUGGGGCACAAACGCAAAUGUUCCAAAUUAGAACGCCUCGCAAAACGCACGGCGGGAAAUAUCUGUCCAACGUAUCACGUGAUCAACUAUGACGAAAACCGGAAACCGAGUUCCCUGUUAGAGUCACGCUGCAGCUGCAAGACGUGCUUCGACCCGAACGCUUCUGCGGAGUUAUCUACCUUGUUGGCAUGCCAACCUCUCAUGUAUUACACGCGGGUACUGCGCAGGUUCGACUGUCGGAACGGAACUUACGUGUACCAGUCCACGUGGGAGCCUUUGCAAGUAGGGUGCACGUGCAACUUCCCGCAACACAGGACCAGCGCUGUUUAUCAAACACCUAAGGCACCAGCAAAACGUGAUCUACGCAGUGUCUUUAUGGAAAGUAUACGCCACGCCCGAUUUAAAUAGAUAGCUUGGUUUUUAAAAUAGUCACAGUUUAAUGUAGUAUGUGUGUUCGUCUGUGUAUUCGUGUGUGUGUGUGUGUGUGUGUGUGUGUGUGUGUGUAGAUGCUUUAGUCACAAAUGACCUCGGUGGUUUUUCAAAACAAUGCAAAAACGCUUGAAGAAGAAAAAAAAUGGUGCUAUAUGAGAAAAUGCUCUCCUCUUUCUGAUUCAUCAUCCGGACGUUGAAAUAUUGAAACGUCAUAUUGCUUUUUUUUUCUUUGCGUCAUGUUUAUGUAUCGUGUGUUGUGUUUGAUGUUUACUAUAGAAAAUGUCAAGUUGUAUUUCCUACGUUUCGGACUUGGACGUGGUCUUGUUUUAAUGAUUGGCGACUGUACAUUUAUUUAUAUGAUAUCCAUUAUUCAUAUCGCCGUCAAAAAUAGAUUUUUGAAACGUGAGAAAUACAACUGAAGAUUAUUUUUGUGUUGAUGUUUAGUUUUGUAUUUUUAUUGUAGUGUUGAACACAUUUGUUUGUGACUUUACGUGAAAGUUUAAAAUAUGUAAUGAUGAUGUACUUAUUACCUAUAAAGGUACAUUGAAGUAUUAGUGAACCAAGUUCUUAACUUUCGGGAGUUGAGAUUACAAGGUCCAAUCGCGUGUUCAGGAUGCUGAGCGCUCGCGAACAAUUUGACUGGUACCAUCAUCUUCUAUCAUAUAACAUUUAUCUAACGUUAGGCGCAAAACCAGUCUACCGAUUGAACGGGAUCGCUAUCCCUCGUGAUCAGGCCUCUCAUGGCACGUAUGCAUCGGCAGGGUGGAGGAGGAGUGGGAGGAGUGUAAUUUGAAUGGAAGUUCACCUGUCUUGAUUGCCCUGGCCAUGCCAUUGUAGCAGGUUCUUGCAUUUAUAAGGUGUAAUGGCGGAAACGUUGUUUUUUAGAGUUCUUGUUUUUGUCAUAAUCGUGUAACACGAGAUAUUUCAUUUUGUCAUGUAGAUACAUGCUUUAUUCCACUUGAACGCCAUGGUUUCAUCAUGUACUGCAAUGUCAGUGUAACACCAUGGUUUCAUCAUGUGUUGCGAUGUUAGUGUAACACCAUGGUUUCAUCAUGUGUUGCAAUGUCAGUGUAACGCCAUGGUUACAUCGUGUGCUGUAAUGUCAACACCAUGACUGCAUCUUGGCUGGUCAUUUAAUGUUAUACCAUCGUAACAUUUCAUGUUGUUAUUUUAAUGUAAUUCCAUUUGUUUUGUUUCUCGUUUUAUUGUUUUAAUGUAGCAUCAUGAUUAUAUCUUUAAGGUGCCGUGUUAACGAAACACUGUGGUUAUAUUUUGUGUUAAUAUAACCCCAUCGUUACAUGUCGUUAUGUUAAUAAUGUAUUGUCAUGUUAAUUGUAUCACCAUGUUUAAAUAUCAUGUUGUCACGAUAAUUUAACACAAUGGUUAUAUCUUAUAUUGCCACGACAGUGUGACAUCAUGGUUACAUCUUAGUUAUAUUAUCAUAAAAAAGUAACAUCAUAUUGAUGCUAUAUAUGAAGAAAACUGAGCAAGGUUUCACAAUCCAAAAAAACACACACAAGAUAUAUAUAUUAUAUCAAAUCCUGUGCUAUUAUAAUAUAUUAAAAUAGUAACAGUUGCAAUCAUAAGUAAAUAUAGUUUUGUUUAUUAUAUUUUAUAAAGUUACGUGAAGGCCAGUAGAGUGUUGGUAAUUCUUCGCAGGUUUUGAUAACAGAUGAUUUCUAAAAAUGUUUCAAUCAAAUUUGACUCUCGAUAUAAGCCAGAAUAUUGCAUAAUGGCUUAGCGUCGACACCUUACAACGGAAUAAUGUGUUGGGCUUUUUUCUUUCUUUUUUUUAUUUUGUUGUUGGUGUUUUGUUGGGUUUUUUUUUAUCAUAUUUAAAGAACAAUGCCCAAAAUUUAUUCUGGUCCUUAAAUAAUUUUGUUGAGUAUAUUUGAUAUCCACGUUAAUAUAUUUCUGUUCCUAACAAUGUCAUUCUUCAAUAAAAUUUAGUUACGACCGCCGGGCAAGAAGAAGGUUAUAAAACUGUAGCUUUUUAAAAUUUGACUUUAUUAUUAAGCAAUGCUGUGGGGGAGGCAAGACUGCAACUUUAAAAGCUGGCAUAAAUUAUAAAAUAUUUAUUUCCUGUCACGUGUGUUUCGUUUAUUUUGGAUUUGAAACCUGGUGGCUCUUUAGUGUUGAUCUUACUGUAGUGAGAUUAGU